GAUAAAGAAUAAAAACAACGAUUAUUCCAAUUUCCGACAUCCAAGCAGAGCAGAUAGAGAAAACAAAAGGUUAAGUGAAGAUGGGAGCAGAGCAAGCACUGAAGAGAAUUCCACGCAUUAAGUUUCCUCAAAGACACCCAAAACCCUCGCCUUCAGGUUCAAUCUCUGAAAUACAAGCAACACGCAAAGAUGGAGGUGUCAUUGGUAACUUCAUUGCAAGGUCAAGGUUGAGCUCAGAUGUUCCUGCUCCGCCCAGCAACACUGCUGUAGGAGGAAAAGCAUCUCUUUUGCCAAAACGUACUCCUGUCUCUGAGAGGGAAAUCGAGGCUAUUCUGUUAGGCGGCUGCUUCUGAAUUUUCAGCUGUCAAAGCUAGCUUUCCCGAAGCUCGAAAUAAAAUUUCUGAUCUGUUAUAUUUCUCCCAUCUUAGUUCUCUGAUAUGUAAAGAACUGUUUACUGAAGUUUAAAAAGCACAAAAGAAUCAAAAUUGGUCUUAAAAAACCAUUGUGGGAUGAGACUUCAUUCUCAGUGAAAUAAUAUGUUGAAACUCUUUUUCUA